AUGACGCGGCGCCAGCGUGCUCUGGCAGCCCGUGUCAGUAGCGGCAUGACCCACGCAUACACGGCGCGGCCAGGAGCCGCCCGUCUCCUCCGGCGCCGGAUUCUCUGCGCCUCGGACCCGGUCGCCCGCCUUCCCCGCCUUCUCUCCGCGGCCGACGCCGGCGCCGACGCGGAGGAGAAACCUCGACUUGUCCACAGACCACAGACCACAGCCUCAAGCACCAGCAGAGCCGCUGCGGAAGGAUGA